AUGGAUUAUAAUUAUUUCUGAAUUAGUAUUCAUGAAUAUGAAUAUAAAGCCUACAUAUUAGCAACUUUACCUAACAUUAGCCAACGUCGCGCGUACGGUGCGUGGUGACGCUUCAAUGUUACCAUGGCAGCAACGCUGUGUACAGGUGUGGAGAUGGAAUUAAUUUCCAACAAACACUUGACCCUGUAUUAACUGGAAUACCAACAGGUUAGGUCAACGUUGUUCAAUAAAAACAUUCUGCGCUCACACCAACCUGUUGCCUAAAUUGAAGUGGGCAUGGAUAACACCAUGGAAUUGAACCGUCAAAAUGUGAUUCAGGCUGGGACAUCAGACAUAGGAUCCAAGGAGGAACCAGAAAAAUCUUCCCUUAUGGAGGACGCACAGAUCAGCCUGUGGAACUCCUUGGAGUCUGACACCGAAAGUCUCGCCCAGGAGAGGAGGUACCAAAUGGAACUUAAGACUCGGAUCCGACAGGCCAAUGAAAUGGUGAAUCCAACAAACGGCGAGGGGGAGGAACUGGAAGAGAGUAGUGGGGAGGAAGAGAGAGACGACGAAAAUGACUUGGAAGAAUUUGCAGAGGAAAAUCACUACAUAUACGAUAGCCUUGAUGUAGUAGCACCACAACAAGGACAAAUUAAUACAGUACCACAUGACACCGAAGUUGGUGAGAUACUGCGAGAGAAACGCCAAGACAUGUUGGGGUAUGGACCUGCGGAGGACGAAUAUGCGGCCUUGCGUUACGACCCCAACUGGAGGACCAACCUGAAGGGAGACCGGCCCUUUGAGGAAGGGACCCAGCUCUUGCUUGAGGAAGAGGGGUCCAAUGUUUAUGCCAGCCCAGGUGAAGGGAGUCCCUGGAAGGCGAGAGACCAUUCCGGAAACGGGGAACAGAAGAAUCGUUCUGCUCGCAGGCAGGCCCCUGCUGUCGGCUUUGCGACGGACGUGGUGCCAGACCGCUGCUCGGAGUCAAAGUCCAAGCCUCCCCCAACUCCUUACUACCCGUCUCCGCAGAGCGUCGCAGUUGCCGGGGCUGAAACCGCAGUGUCCGAACGGCAGAGUCACCAUCGGACGCUUCACCGCCCUGAGUGCGCCGCUUCGAACAGAAGAGCGUUGGCUGACCCAGCCGCCGUGAACCGAACGCACACACGGGAAAACCAGGCUGUCUUUCAUGAACCAGAGGACUCUUAUGAAGAGAUGAAUGAGAGGUAUGCAAAGGAGUACCAGCUCUUCUAUGAGCGAGAAUCUGCCCAUACCCAUGAGACAACGAGCAACAACCAGGACAGCGUUUACAAUGGACUGAAUUGGUCCCGUCGAUUGUCAAACAUGAGACAAACCAAGCCCAAAAAGGACAUUGUGGAACGAAACAAAAUUACUCUCGGGGUCAGAACAAAACAGGCCUCCUAUCUGUGUGCACACGGCCCAAAGGGAGCAAAAGAAGACCAUAAGAACAAGCAGGAGCCAGAAGCCGUGGAAGAGAUAAUCCAGCAUCAGUAUUUAGACCCUGAACUGAGGUGGCAACUGAAAACACAGAUGCUGAAGGUCCACAGAGAGAAGAAGAAAGGGAAGAGAGAAGGUCUCCCCAUCGCCCAGGCCCCCGGCAGCGACCAGAGUGAGAGGGUGAAUCCCAGCGUCCCCCAAGAUGGACGCGCCGCUAGGAUGCCCGGCCGCCGUCAGCAACCGGGACGCGCCGAGGUCCUGGUCAUCAACGAGGCAGACCCCGGCGACACGCCCCUCUCCGAGGCGCUGCCAAAUCCACAGUGGCGACCGGACCGCCCACCCUACUCAAUGAACACUCCCACCCUCAACCUGAACAUCAACCUCAGCGCAUCUGGAGACAUGGCACCCUUCUUGGGCCAAGAACACAAGCGCACCAGCCUCAAGCUCUCCUCUCCCCACGGUCCUUCACUGGGGACCCGGCCAGGCCUUUCUUACCAUGUUCCCAUGAGCGGUCACUAUGACCCGGCGCAGCUGGCCUACUACGGUCCUGGGUAUCUCCCCGCGGUUCCUCAGCCAGCCCUGCCUGGUGACUGGUUUCCAGCUCAGCAAUUCCAGGGGACGGCCUUUCUGCAGCAGGGCAGCAGAAGAAGGCCCAGAGAGGUGCCUCCACUCUGGGAUCAGGACAGUCACUCGCUCCCGGGAACGGAUUCUGACCGCGCUUGGAUGGCAGCUGCCAUGUUUCAGCCUGCUGGCGAGAGGAACCAGUACCUGAGUUUGGGUGACCAGCAUGUUGAGCUGCGGGCCCAACACAGGCUCCCAGCGCAAAGUCCGGCGUCUUACACAGUGCUCCCCCCUAUCGGGGAAAUGGUGACUAGUGAUUCUGAGCUGAGCAGCCAGAACACCAGGCAGAAAAUAAACGGCAUGCAUCGGAGCAGCUCAGAAGGUUACCUAGCUCAGCUGGAGAAACAGAAGCAGCUGAAGGAGAAAACGACCUACAAGGCAUACACUCUAAAAGACUACAAAGCCCUCAAACAGGAUGUUAAGCUUGGUGGACUUGGACCAAAUUACGAAGUAACACCAAUUACAGCAGAGAAAAUUAGGCGACGGCAGCGGUAUUCAGACCAGGUCCGCGAUCACAACAAGAACAUAAGCAGAAUCCCCUUUCUGCCGGCCCGAAACCCUGGGGGUGGGGACGCCGCGGAGAACAUGGUUCCCAGGAGAAAGGCCCUGGAGUACGCCAGGAGCAUUCCGAAACCCAAGCCCCCCGCCGAACCGAAGAGCGGCGACAGCGCCGGGGAGAACGACUUCCUCCACGAGCGCGCCCAGUACCUGGAGCACCUGGACCUAUCCCAGCUGGCCCGGCUGGAGAUGCUGCAGAAGCGUCACGAGGAAGAGAAGCAGGUGGUGGCUCAUUUUAAAGCCCUGCGUGCAGUGUAAUCUGCCAUCGAUUAUGUUGUGUCACGGGUGUUGGCAGGAGACAUGAUAGGAACAUGACCACUUUAUCUUAUUGACCCUGAUGUGAGAUUUAUAGGCACUUAAAUGGAGGCUCCCUACAGCCUCAGAAUACACCCUUGAAUGAAUGAUUGAACUAUUUUUUUAACACACUGUAGGUUAACAGAUUUUAGUGACACAAAUAAAUCUUUCAAUUAGGAACAGUACAUAGCAGAACAUGACGUGCUAAAUCAACAUUGACUGAGUACCCUUUUCCAUGAGAGAGUGCAUGUUAUCUCUUUUCAAAUCCUAUAUGCUGCUUUACAGUUCAGUUAACAUUGAAUGUGUCGCUGUGUAUUUCCACGUCUGUUUUUCAUGUGUUUAGCCUGUUAAAAAAUUUUUCUCCUAUGUAUAUACAGCACAAAAUAUGUGCCUUGAUUAAUGUGACCUAUCCUCUGUUAUUUGAAGGGGAAAUGGAUACCGUGUGCAAUAACGCUAUUAUGCGAGUUUUCGAAAAAUAUUUCUCACAUACAGGAAGCGAGCUUUCGACUGAGAGCCAAAGCGGAGAAUGCCGCAGAACAAAUCGCCGAACAAAAUGCAUCCCGCCGUCCAUAUCCGUGAUCAUACAAUUACGAUUUGGCUGCCCGUCAAGAUGCACGUGGGGUAAAGGAACACGAUAAACCGGGGAGCGUUUGGGUUGAAAGGCCCGCGCUGGUUUCAUCUGAGGAGGCAGUGAUUCAUUAGACGGCUCUCUGCCCUUGUUCUUGGUUCCACCGCGGGUCCGCCUCCAUUCACCCAGCACGCACCUGGUAGCACUGUUAAUCUAGUAAUAAUCUGCGUUUUUUUUUUGUUCCCUCCCCUGAUUAUCCCUCUGAAUAUUUCCUUUCCGCCCCCUCCUUUCGCCCAUUAAAAUAAAAAAUGGGUCAAAAAUGGUGACACUUUGAAGCCGUCCUGAUUAGGGCCAGCAAACUUGUUUUCUAUAUUUUAAAGUGAUAAUUCUACCUCCAUAAAACAAUCUCAAGCACCUAUUUCUUUAAUGGAACCUUUAGAUGAUUAUCAAAGAGCUAUUUACCCAUAUGUAAUAUUUUAAUUAGAUUAUGGUCUCUAUUUAACCCAUCAUAGCUCCUUUGAUGCUCUGUGUUUUUAGUGUUAAGCCUCUGAAGCGAGGGACUAAUAAAUACCGGACCUUUUGAAUUAAUGAGAAAUGAUGCCUUUCCCGGCCCAACUCUCUUUGCAUCCCCCCCACACACACCCCCUCCUCUGCCAUAGAAUUCAGUUAAUUGAAGGGGUCUCUCACCACGACACAUGAAGGAGGCUAAAUUAGCAUCCCUUUUAGCGACUGGAAAGCCCGGACUGACGCACUGCCUUUGAUCUGAGGACAGAGCUGAAGGAGGCUGCGGCCCCCGUGAAAAUGAGCUGAUGGCCUGGCUAUUAGAUGAAAAUGCAGAUGCGUCCAUGUGUCGCAAAAUGCUUAAUCUUUUAAUUGAUCACCUUCCGCACGGCCUAUUCUCUUCACGCUUUUUAUUUUCCCAGUAAAUCAGAAUCACAUUUUGAAACAAAAUGAAUUGCUUUUCAAAGUAGGGGGGGGGGGUCUGCAUAUUCUCUUCUUUUGACAGGAAAAAAAAUCACCCCCAUUAAUGUAAACCUCCCAAAUGAAUGGGAACUGCCUCCUGCUACACAUUUAAAUGACUAUGUAAGCCCUCUAAUGGUUGUCAUUUGCUGUGAAGGGCUGUCUUACUCUGUGUGCGCGCGCGCGCGCGUGUGUGUGUGUGUGAUUGUGUUUGUGUCUGUGUUUAAGGAGACUUUUCAAAAGAAAAGGGCCAAGUGUGCACCUUGCUUCUUUUGAUGUUCUUGUUAAAUACUAAUGCAAAUUGUUUUCCUUUUUGUUGUUGUUUUGGGGAGAAACCGAGUAGGUUUUUCAAAAAAGAGACUAAAAAACCGCUGUCCUCUGUCUGAUAGCAGUAAUGAUCUCAUUUAAAAGCUCAAUAUGUAGACCGGGAAAUGAUAAAUCAUCAAGAACAGGCUUUGAAAAUGUUAUGGACUGAUGCUUGUAUUUCUUCCCUCACUAUGCUUGUAGCAAGUACAGAGCUUCCUGUAUAUAAGGGUACUGCAACCAUUUAGAGAAGACCAGCCUUAACCCUUCAUUUUGGUCAAAUAUAAUUACAUCAUGUUUUAUAAUGUUUUAAUUUGCAGGUGAAAUUUAGUGCCUUCAGGAAAGCUGCAGUACUGUGAAAUGAACUUAGUCUCGAUCCACACAGGCUAGCAUUGCUGAUAUGGGUGUGUCUAAAAGGAAUGCAUCCUCCGGGGAUGAUGGAGACCUGAUGACAUGCUGUGUGUAGACACAUCAGCUCCUUGCUGUCUUCACAUUUCACAAUGGAAAACAGCAUGGCAAAAACACCCUUGGAUUACGAACAGAAGGUCACAUUUUAUAUUUGCUCAAAACGACUGCUUGGCUCCUUAUUCAUGUCCAACAAAUAAAACCAGCAAUUUGUGUGAAAAAGAUCACUUUAUGCCUUAUUGUUUCGAUACAGCGCGUAAGUGGUGGCAUAUCUGCAAACCAUGUUGUAUGUUUAACUAUCGUGCAGGUUUUUCAAAUAGAUUGUGUUCUAUGUCAAAUAUGGUUUACCAUUUGGUCGAGCAAAAACAGUUUCAAGUUUAAAAAAAAAAUGUCAUAUAGAAUUAUGUAAUAUCAAGUCGGGAAAUGAGCUUGAUUUGAAGGAAGCAAGGAAAUUGUUUUAUGUAUAUUUUAAUUAACUGCAUUUCACUGUGUACGAUAUUGAUUUAUAAGAUUUAUUUGGCGAAUGUUUUGUUUUUUACAUCAUGUUUUAAUUCUACACGAGAAGCUGUAAAGCUAUAUAAAUAUAUACAUUUCGUUGAGUGUUAUUUAAUGUCAAUUUGAAGCAAAUGGUGGUUUUCAAGAAAUAUCGACUCCGUCCCUGUGUUCCUCGUGAGUUUAAUCCAUGGGCCAGUACAACGAAAAGUUUAGAAUACUUCACCGAGAACGCACGUGACUUCGUAUUGGGACACAGCCAGUGUUUAGUGUUCCUGUUGCGAAAUGCCUGCUCUUAUUACAGGUGUUCUGUUGAUUCGACGAUCUUACAUGUAAUGAGGUUUGAUAAAAGUUAUGUUAUGCAUUAUAACCAGGGAAUUGCGACGAUGCUACCUUUCUGUUGAUGUUUUAUUCAGGCCAUUCAUAAAGUAGCCUACUUAAAUCGCAUUGCUUUGUGCUGCAUCGUGAGUCGUCGGGUGAUUUAAUUCGACCAUUUAACGUCACCGAUAAAUGCAUACCCGGAGAUAAACAAUAUGAAUGUCCACAAACAACUGGAAAUAGCUGUAAUCUUUGCCACCAUCCUAAAAAAAAAAAAAAAAAAA